AUGAAAACAACAACAGCGCUAUUUGUACUCGGCGCACUGUCGACAGCGACGAACGCAGUGCCAGCGCCUGUGGUUGAUACUGUGUAUCCGUAUACCGGCCCCGAUGUCCCUAUUGGCGACUGGGUUGACCCGACCAUCAAUGGCAAUGGCAAGGGCUACCAACGCCUCGUUGAGCCUCCUGCUGUCAAACCGGCUUCGGAAAACCCCACGAACAAUGUCAAUGUCAUAUCAUUAGCAUAUCUUCCAGAUGGGAUGAACAUCCACUACCAGACUCCGUUCAGUUUAGGUGUUGCCCCAUCUGUCAAAUGGGGUACUGAUCCUAACAAGCUGUACAAAACUGCAACUGGAAAUUCUCACACAUAUGACCGAACUCCACCUUGCUCUCUUAUUUCCUCUGUCACCCUAUGUAGCCAAUGGUUCCACGAGGUCCCAAUCAAGAACUUGCAACCAGGCACAACGUAUUAUUACCAGAUUCCUGCUGCCAAUGGUACCACUGUUUCGGAUGUCGAGAAAUUUACUACAGCUCGUGCUGCAGGACAGGAAGGCGAGUUUUCUGUGGCUGUCUUAAACGACAUGGGGUAUACCAAUGCCGGUGGAACACUUACGCAGAUGAGCCUCGCCGUCGACGAUGGAGUUGCCUUUGCUUGGCACGGUGGAGAUAUCAGUUAUGCAGAUGAUUGGUACUCCGGUAUCAUUCCCUGCGAAUCCAGCUGGCCGUUGUGCUAUAACGGCUCUUCUUCCCAGUUCCCUGGUGGCGUGGUCGACAACCCGGAUUACCUUGAGCCACUCCCCGAGGGAGAGGUUCCCACCCAAGGAAGCCCACGCGGCGGUGACAUGAGCUCCCUGUACGAGUCUAACUGGGAUCUUUGGCAACAAUGGGCCAACACCAUUACUACCAAGGUGCCUUACAUGGUUCUGCCUGGUAACCACGAAGCAGCAUGUGCCGAAUUUGAUGGCGGCCAUCACGAAUUAUCUGCUUACCUCAACGAUAACAAAGCAAACUCAACUGGCAACUCUACAAACUACCUCACUUAUUACAGUUGUCCAGAAUCCCAGAGAAACUUCACCGCCUAUAUGAACCGCUUCAAAAUGCCUGGAGAUGAAACUGGUGGCGUAGGAAACUUCUGGUACUCCUUCGACUACGGCCUUGCCCACUUUGUUUCUAUCGACGGUGAAACAGAUUACGCGUACAGCCCUGAAUGGCCCUUUGUACGAGACCUUAAGAAUGGCGAAUCUCACCCUCUGAAGACGGAGACCUAUCCUACAGAUAGUGGACCUUUUGGCAGAAUCGAUGGCACCUGGCAAGAUAAUACCGGAUACGAGCAGUAUCAGUGGUUGGCAAAGGAUCUUGCUAGCGUCAACCGUACCAAGACUCCCUGGGUCAUUGCCAUGAGCCAUCGUCCAAUGUGGAGUUCAAGCACCUCGUCAUACCAAACGUAUAUCAGAGCAGCUUUCCAAAAUCUGAUGCUCCAGAAUGGUGUGGACGCUUAUUUGUCUGGCCAUAUUCAUUAUUAUGAGCGUAUGUACCCUCUUACGUCUACUGGAGCUGUCGACUCAGGCUCUGUCAUCAACCAAAACACCUACAGGACCAAUCCAGGUGUUUCGAUGACGCAUAUUAUCAACGGCAUGGCUGGUAAUAUCGAAAGCCACAGUAUUCUAUCUGGAAAGAUACAGCCCAAGACCGCUGUCCUUGAUAUGACACACUACGGAUUCAACAAGCUCACCUUUUUCAACUCUACUGCAAUGAAAUUCGCCUUCGUGCUUGGAAAGGAUGGCUCUAUUGCUGACGAAGUUACUUUGCUUAAGCCUAACGCCAAUGUCAGUUCUACCAGCACCUCUGCCUCUGCCACUGCCACCACAAGCGGCCUUACCACGCUCACUAGCGGUACCAGCACGAAGACCUGCAUUCUCAGAAUAUCUUCAACGACCAUUGGUACUGCUUCUACCUCCGGACCGUCCUCUCCUAAUACCGUCGAUUCUUCCACAACCGAUACUUCACCUCCUACUACCGUUCAUUCUUCCACAACCGAGACUUCCUCUCCUACUGCAGUUGAUUCUUCCGCAUCCGAGACGUUGUCCGGCGCUACUGAUACCGCGUCGUCCUACACAUCCUCAACGGUUUACACUACUGUCACAUCUAUCAUCUCUUCUUGCAAACCAACGGUUACAAACUGCCCUUAUACCACGGCUCCUAUCACUGUAACAGAUACCAUCAUCGGCUACACAACUUACUGCCCCGUUAGCGGAUCACCUACCGGAACCGUCCUUCAGACUAUCCAUGCUCAGGCAGCCACCAGCGAUGUUCCAUACACGACGUCUACUGUCUACAAGACAACCACGUCCACUAUCAGCUCCUGCGCCGCAACAGUGGUAGACUGCCCAUACACAACUGUCCCAUUUGUAGCUACCGUUGUCGUUGUUGACUACACCACUUACUGCCCCGUUGCAACUGCUUCCGCAACUACCCCUAAAGGGAGUGUCGAGGCCGUCCCUGUCGCAACUUCUUCCGCAACCACUCCUAAAGGAAGUGUCGAGGCCGUUCCCGUCGUAGGUGGCUCCGCAGCUACCGCUAAAGGAAGUGUCGAGACCGUCCCUGUUGUCGGUGGUUCCACAACCACUCCUAAAGGAACUGUGUUUUCAAUGUUAUGGCAAUGCUUCCAACUCAUCGUCGAUCGCAGAAAUAUAGCGAAUUAG